CUCGCCAACAGCGCGAAAAGCCAAAGCGAGACAAAAGAAAUCAAGAAUCCCCCCUCUAUCCAUUUCUCGAGUAAAAGAAGCCCGUGGAUUGGGAUUUUUGUAGAGUUUGGACGCCGAUCCGGCUCUCGGAUGCGCUCCCUCUCUCGCCCCUCCGUUGCUCCAACCAUCGAAUUCUUGGGAGCUUUCGAUCCCCGCCGACCGCGGAUGCUCGCCGCCGACUCGAUGCCGAGGACUGCGAAGCCUGGCAUGGGGAUCCCCGGGGGCCACCGGAUCCGGUGCCUGAGGGGAAUGGCUUUCGUGAAGCUAGGGUUUCGGCAGCGGUCCGCUCAAGAACCAAGAAGAGAGGGCGGGAAGGCCGACUUCGUCCGUUGGAUGAGCUGCUUCAAGGAUCCCAUGGGGAAGGGGAAGAAGGUGGAGGUGGAGAAGGUCCGCGGCGGGGAGGACCUCUGGGAUGCGGCUGCCAUGGCGGAGCGGGGGAGUUUCCCGGAGCAUCUUGUCAUAAUGGUUAAUGGCUUGGUUGGAAGUGCCGAAGAUUGGAGAUUUGCUGCGGAGCAGUUUGUGAAAAAGCUUCCAAAUAAAGUAAUUGUCCAUCGGAGUGAGUGUAAUACUUCAAGACUGACAUUUGAUGGAGUUGAUUUGAUGGGUGAGAGGCUAGCAGAAGAGGUCCGUUCAGUUGUUAAGCAGAGAGGAGGCGUACGGAAGAUCUCAUUUGUGGCUCAUUCAUUGGGUGGCCUGGUAGCCAGAUAUGCUAUUGGAAGGCUUUAUGAGCUACCUCCUGCUGAUGCCAAGGACCAGUUUGAUGAAGAGGGGUGUUUGGAUGGUAGAAUAGCUGGGUUAGAACCUAUGAACUUUAUAACAUUUGCAUCACCCCAUCUGGGUUCAAGGGGGCAUAAACAGAUUCCUUUCCUAUGUGGUCUUCCUUUUUUGGAGCGAAGGGCAUCCGAAACUGCACAUUUGAUAGUUGGGAGGACUGGAAAACAUCUAUUUCUUACAGAUAAUGAUGAUGGAAGACCUCCACUUCUCCUACGAAUGGUUGAUGACUGCGAUGAUGUAAAGUUCAGGUCAGCUUUGCGCUCUUUCAAGCGUCGUGUUGCCUAUGCCAAUGCAAAUUAUGAUCAUAUAGUAGGAUGGAGAACAUCGUCAAUUCGUCGUCAACAUGAGUUACCGAAACAUCAUCUUCUUGUAGAGGAUGAGAAGUAUCCACAUAUUGUUUUUGCGGAUAAAGGAAAUGCAGAGAUCAAGCUUAAUGAAGAUGUAGAAUCUCAAAAAUAUGACUUGGAAGAGGAGAUGAUUAGAGGUCUUACACAAGUACCUUGGGAGCGUGUGGAUGUCAGCUUUCAGAAAAGUAGGCAAAGAUAUGUUGCACAUAAUACCAUUCAGGUGAAGAGUUACUGGUUGAACUCUGAUGGUGCAGAUGUGGUCUUCCAUAUGAUAGAUAAUUUUCUUGUCUAGUCCCUUGACAAAUUUUGCGAUUCCCAGCUGGUAGGCUACAAGCCGAUUCCCAUGCGUAGCGCAUUAAUGCAAGCACAUUUAUUUUAAAAAGCUCAAGCUUGUAUAUAAAUAUUUUUCCUGUGUCUUAGUUGCCAUUUUGAUUUAUUUUUUUAAUUCUGUUGACUUGGAUUUGAUAAUCGUCAAUAUUGAUGAUUUCAUCAUACUCCACCUUGUGAAUCUGCUAAGCAGGAAUUAUAAAUUUUUCUUAUUAGGUGGAAUUGCCUUGUAAUACAACUUUUGUUAUUUUAUAUCUUUGGAAGGAAUUUCAUACAAGGACCUACAGCUCCCGUAGCA